AUGAAUAAACUUGAACUACUUUUUUCUAAUAUCAGACGUUUGUCAACUGGAAUGGCCAAAUCGAUGUUGCGUAAUAUGAAUUCCGAAGAUGUACGUGUUUAUACUACAAUUGCAGGAAUUGGUUGUGGAACGCUUAUAGGCGUUUGGAAAAUGAUCAGGCAAGCUGAAGAGCAGGUUGAUAAACGGAUCAAUAAUACUAUUGAUCAGGUUGAUAGACGAAUCAAUAAUACUAUUGAUCAGGUUGAUAAACGGAUCGAUAAAGCAGAAGAACGGGUUAAUAAACGAAUAGAUCAAGCUGAAGGACGGCUUAAUGUUCGGAUUGAUAAUGUUAAGGACGACGUUAAUAAACGGAUGGACGACGUUAAUAAACGAAUGGACGACGUUAAUAAAGUAGGUUACGUUACUUAA